AUGGCCCCUGGCAUGUGGCUCUUCUUCAUGAUGGUGGGCCGGCUGAUGGCAGCCCUCGCAGAGGAGCGGCUGGGCGUGCGCCUGGUGAACGGAAGUAGCCGCUGCGAUGGGACCGUGGAGGUCCGGCUCCGGACGGCCUGGGAGCCCGCGUGCGGGGCGCUGUGGGACGGCCGAGCCGCCGAGGCCGUGUGCCGCGCGCUGGGCUGCGGAGGCGCGCAGAGACCAGUCCAGCCCGUCACGCCGUCCGGGGAGCCACCGCCCCGGCCCGCCAUGGGCAACGCCACCCGGACCCCUGCCAUCCUGUGCCACAGCGCUGAGUGGCGACGCUGCAAGGUGCUGGACCAGGAGUGCAGCGGCGACUGGGCAGUGGCUCAGGUCACCUGCGCAGAGACCCGAGCGGUGCGGCUGGUGGGCGGCGGCGGCAGGUGCGAGGGCCGCGUGGAGCUGCUGGAGGGCGACCAGUGGGGCUCGGUGUGCGACGACACCUGGGACCUGCACGACGGGCACGUGGUGUGCCGCCAGCUGGGCUGCGGCUGGGCGGUCCAGGCCCUGCCCGGCUUGCACUUCACCCCCGGCCGCGGCCCCAUCCACCGGGACCAGGUGAACUGCUCCGGGACCGAGGCCUACCUGUGGGACUGCCCGGGGAUGCCCGGGGCCGGUUACUGCGGCCACAAAGAGGACGCUGGCGUGCGGUGCUCAGAGCACCAGUCCUGGCGUCUGACCGGGAGUGCUGACCCCUGCCAUGGGCAGGUGGAGGUGGACUACCAUGGGGUCUGGAGCACGGUGUGUGACAGUGAGUGGUACUCACCGGAGGCCGAGGUGCUCUGCCAGUCCUUGGGCUGUGGGCCUGUGGACAGCAUACCCAAGGGGCUGCCGCACUCCCUGGCAGGCAGGAUGUACUACUCGUGCACGGGAGGGGAGACCACCCUCGCUGAAUGCUCCUGGCGGUUCAACAACUCCAAUCUCUGCAGCCAGUCGCUGGCAGCCAAGGUCUUCUGUUCAGGUUCGCACAACCUAUCCUCUCCUGAAGUCCCCGCUAGCCUUCUGCCGGUCACUGUAGAAUCUUCUGUGACCACGCCAAUAGAGAGCAAGGAAUCCUGGGAGCUAAUCCUCCUCAUCUCCUGCAUCGUUCUGGGAGUCCUGCUCCUGGGCUCACUCCUUUCCACAGCCAUCCUCCUCUUGAAGGCUAAAGGAAAGUACGCCCUCCCUGCGAUGGUCAGCCACCCACCCACUGGCACCCCGGCGGGGAUCAACAGCUACCAAGAGCCCCCCAGCACCGUCCCCAAAGAAGAAGCUCCCAAGCUGUCCCUCCAGACUCGGGCCCCACCCCCCGAGGACUCUGAGUCCGACUCGGACUACGAGCAUUAUGACUUCAGCGCCCAGCCUCCCGUGGCCCUGACCACCUUCUACAAUUCCCAGCGGUACCACAUCACCAAUGAGGAGGCCCAGCAGAGCAGGUUCCAGAUGCCCCCCUUGGAGGAAGGUGUGUCAGAGGCCCAUGCUUCCCACCUGUCACCUGCAGAUCCCCUGUGUCCAGGUCCCCAGAGCCACCCAGGACCCUGCAGCAGCUCCAGCACCUCUUCUGGAGAGGACUACUGUAACAGCCCUAGCAGCAAGCCACCUCUGUGGACCCCCAAUACCUUUUCCUCAGAGAGGAGCCCCCUCCUGCAGCAGCCCCCCAACCUGGAGCUAGCUGGCUCCCAGCCCAUUCUUUCAGGGCCCGCACCUGACGACAGCUCCAGCACCUCGUCUGGGGAGUGGUACCAGAACUUCCAGCCACCGCCCCAGCCCCCUUCAGUGGAGCAACUUGGGUGCCCAGGGUCCCCCAGCCCCCGGUCCGACUCUGCUGAUUCUAGCGACUACGAUGACAUCGGAGCCACCUAGACCGAGCCCAGCCAGGGCUCCCACGGUGGCUCCUCUGGCCUCCUGAUCUUCCAGCUCCCCGCCCCAUCCUUUCCUCCCAGACGACUCCAGGCAGUGUGAGGUGGGCCCAAGGCCUGCCCUGGGCAGAAGAAAGGAAGCACCACCCACCGGCCCCUUCAUCUCUAGUGACCGUGGCCUCUGCAUCAGACAGAACCUGCUGGAAGGGCCCUCCCCUGGUUCCAAACAGCACUGCUGUCUUAGAAGGGUAGUGAGCUCCC